AUGGACUGGACGAAGCCCGCAACGCAACACCAGAGAUCAGUCAGCGAUUUUACAGCCACUGGGUCAACCGACUGGGCUUUGAGUCAUGGCUCCCAAACAGCCAUUACAUCUCCUGACUCGGAAACCAGUAGGAGGCAGAUCCAGCAGCUUACGCAGCGGAUCACUUCGACGCUCUCUACGGACAAUGUUGAUGCAGCGUAUAAGGAGUAUGCCAAGGUGAAGGACCAUAUUUCUCUGUGUCGGUCUUUGUUGUCUUCGUCAUCAGAUGCCCGAGGCCGCGUGCAGUCCGGCGCUUGGCCUGAAGCCGGCCGAACAUCGCGAGCCUCCUCACUUGACGGGGUCGAAGGUCUGGCCAUCGAUCCUCAAUCUUCUCUGAGCAGUAGAAAUCUCCCCAGAUCCACAAUAAGGGAGAGCCUUGUACAACAUUCAAAAUCCGAUCGCGGGGCUUGCUUAUCUGCCGUCCGGGACUGGAAGGGAUGUAUCGAGUCCUUGCUGGAGGCGCUUCGGAAUUCGCUCGCCGAGACUUAUAGGAGUUAUGACCCCAGUGCCACCCCGGGCAUGGUGGAUUCCCUUUUACAAGACAACGACUUUCGCGCGUCUGCGAUACAGCAAAUGCGGAACGCUAUAAUCAACAAGACAUUUUCACCCAGUCCGGCCUUUUCUCGCGCGAAAUACGACGUUCAGUUCAGGAAUUAUGAUGCGGUUAAGCAGGGCCUUCUUGAGGUUACCCGCGUUUUGCAGUUGGGAGAAUCGGGGCUAUCUGGGGACCGACCUGUGAAGGAGUACGAAGUGUCGCCUCGCGGUGACGCCAUUCUCGAAUUCGCAAACAUAGGGGCCGAGUUCCUGCCAGUGCUCAGGUUCCGGGUGUCUUCAUUCAUGCUGGCGGAAACAUCGCCGAUUUUUGAACGAAUGUUCACCAGCCACGCGCAUGUCAAGAUCGAUGAAGGCGAGGACGUGGCAGAGCAGCUUCCUCCCCCGCCAACACCCUUCAUUUGCGAAGACAGAAGCGAGGCAAAGCUGUAUCGCAUGCCGCAGAUCGAAGAUAACAAAGGAGAGGCGCUGAAGAUUCUGCUUCAUGCAGCUCACAUGCAUAACGACAAGGUCCCGCGAGAGGUAUCGUUUGCACAGUUCGUGGCCAUCGCGGAAGUAUGUCUGCGCUACCGCUGCACUUCGCCUCUUGAGCUCUACGUCGAACACAGGUGGCUACCGCAAUGGAUCCACAAGGGGACCGAAGAUAUGCCCGAUGGCCUGUUACUCGUCAGCUACGUCUUUGGGCUCCGGCAACUGUUUACACGAAUGUCAAAGACCAUCAUAUUGAAUCUCGUCGACGAAAAGGAACUGCAGAGCAAACCGUGGCCGCAAAAGGUAAAGGACAAGAUAUGGGCUGUAAGGGGGGCCAAGAUGGCGCAGCUUCAUACCUGCUGCGUAAACACGAUCCAGGAGUACUUGCGCCCUCCGUCGAAAUUCGCGGAAGAAGAUCGCCGCGGAACAAGCCUGACGCCGGAGCUCGCGUCGCCCAGGGCAAGGAAUCGAUCUCCGGGCUUGAGUCCGCCUUCGGAAGAAGCGCGGCCUACGUUGCUGCUCAGCAGCAGCCCGCGGUGUCCUAGAGGGAACCACUGGUGCGACGCGACGAAUCUCGGGUGGCUCAUGCUCGUCUACGGGGAGCUGCAACUCCUGCCUACGAUCAUGAAGCCGACGGCGUUGGGACACCUGUCUCAUUCCCAGCAGCCGCCGCGCCGGAGCUUGGCCCAGCUCGUCGAUAUGCUCCGCACGAUCGCGAGCCCGCCACACGCGAUUCACAAGGGCGGCGUGUGCGACCCCGCGCCGCAGUUUCGCGCGGCUAUCCACGACAUUUACAACAGCGUCUCGGGGCUGACGCUGCACGAUGUCAGCGGUCGCGCUCACGGGUGGGUGCUUUCGAGGCACCGGUCAGAGCAGCCGCAGGCUGUUCUCCCGAAGCGGUUUAAAGAGCGUGUGGCGGAGCCGAAGAGGGUACUCGAGGUCACGGAUGAGAUGAGGUUGAAGAUUAUGAGGGGGGUGGAUACAGUGGAUGAUUUACACGCGGUGGCCAUGACGGACAAAAGCUUCUAUCGGGUUUAUAAAGAGAAUGAGCUGGGGCUAAUUAGGAAGUUUAUCAAAGCACAUCGGAGGAUGACUUUGAUGAAGUUGACGAGUUUGGACGUCAUUGCGAAGGGCGAGGGCAAGGUUGUUAAGCAGGAGGGAGACGUUCUCAAGGCCGAGGCCGAGGCCGAAGCGGCCACGAGAGCCGCGGAAGAGUUUGGCGGAGGCGCGGACGGUGAGAUGGCUGUGAACGCCGGUGGGGAGGGGGGCCGGGUGGUAGGUGGUGAUUCGGAGGAGGACGCAGCAGACUCGGCAGUACACUCACCGCGGACGCCAGCCGCUUCUGACGACUUAUCGCCGUCGAGUAUCGGCGAUGAGGAGGCGCAGCGGAUACUCUGGCCGGACUCGCCGUCCCCGGGGCCCUCGACGAGACCGCUGCGGCCGAUGGGUUCGGAGUGCGGGAUGAGGGAGAAGUUUAGGAGGAGCGAUCCGGCGUUUGUGGAGGAGAAGAUGUUACUUGAGGCGGAGGAUAAGCAGCUUGGCGUGGAAAGGGAUAGGAGGGUUGGACUUGUGAGGGAGGAUGGGUAG